AUGAUGCUCUGGAAUGGCAUGAGUCAGGUGGCCAGCAUAGCGCAGCUUGCUGGGGUGGACGCGUAUGGGCUCAUCACGAUGAUCGUGGAGGCUGCAAGGACAGUUAGAAGGAACCGGGAAACCUGUCAGCUGCUGGCGCGGCGUGUGAAGAUGAUUGGAGACCUUCUCCAGCAACUCGAGAGCAUGCAGCUGAUGCAGCAUACAGAGACGAGAAACCCCGCCGAGCAGCUGGAGGAAACACUCCGGCAUACAUACAUGCUCAUCAGAGCUCAUCACGUGCAGAAUGAGAUUACCUUCUACAGCUGCUUUUUGGGAGGGAAGCAAGCUGACCAGCUCCAUCAGGUGCAGAAUGAGAUUACCUUCUACCUCCAGCUCUUCCCCCUCGUUAGCUUUGUCGAUACCAGUCGGACCUGGGCACGGCUUCUGCACAGAGCUCAUCCUCUCGGUACAGAGGGCAAACUACCUGAUGGUCUCGAUGUUGCUGUCAAAAGACUCAGCACAUCUUCACAUCAAGGCCUAUCAGAGUUCCGAGCUGAGAUUGAAGUCAUUCCGAAUCUUCGACAUAAAAAUAUAAUUUCGCUACUUGGGUUUUGUGUUCAAGGAAAAGAAAAGAUACUUGUCUAUGAAUAUAUGUCGAACAAUAGCUUGGCAGCCGUCAUUUCUGAUGAGUCAAAAAGGAAAUUGCUUAAUUGGUCAAAGCGUCUUCAAAUA